GGGCACUUGGUGCUUCAGCUUUACCACAGGAAAAUAGUAUCCAGAGAGAGGAUCCAGAAUUAAACACCUUGUGUUGCAAUACUUGCAAAAGGCCAUAUGAGCAGUCUACAAGUGAAGAACAGAUUGCAAAGCGUGUCAGACAUGAUGAACAAUAUUCAAUGUACUCAAUGCCAACAGUCAGUGAAGAUAAAUUUUCAUAUAUGGGUGACUUUGCAGUUGUUUAUACAGAUGGUUGUUGCUCAGGUAAUGGACGUAAUAGGGCACGAGCUGGAAUAGGUGUCUACUGGGGACCAGGCCACCCUUUAAAUACCAGUGAAAGGCUUCCUGGACGUCAAACUAAUCAAAGAGCAGAAAUACAUGCAGCCUGCAAAGCUAUAGAGCAAGCCAAGAGUCAGAACAUCAAGAAACUAAUAAUCUACACUGACAGCAAGUUCACUAUUAAUGGUAUUACAAGCUGGGUUGACAAUUGGAAGACAAAUGGCUGGAGAACGAGUUCAGGUGGAAGUGUAAUAAAUAAAGAAGAUUUUGAGAGACUUGAUAGUUUAUCAAAAGACAUAGAAAUUCAGUGGAUGCACAUUCCCGGUCAUGCUGGCUUCCGAGGAAAUGAAGAAGCUGAUAGACUAGCAAGAGAAGGAGCUAGUAAAUAAAUGUGCUGAUGUACUGGGAUGAUAAGAGACUGUUGCAAUGGGAAGAAAAGGACUAACAUGACAGCAACAGCUCAGGCUGCUAUAAUUGUUUCGGAGUUGAACUUUGAACUGUACUUCUUUCUGACCUGAAGCACUAAAUAUAUACAAACUUCUGGAGGGAAAACUCCA